AAAUAUUACCGCGAAGCGCAUAAAUAAAGUCGAUCUUGUUUUUUUUAUGUAAAUUUUUUUUGCUGCGGCUGCGAUUUUGGUAAUUUCAAAAUCGAUGUAGAUAUGCAGUUUGAUCCUGUUACCAGUGUGCAUCUUAUACCGAACAUCUUCGAAUUCUACCAAAUCGGAUGAGAAUCGAAAUAAGACCCCUCAAAGUCGUAAAGUCAGUCGUCUAUCCGAGAAUUGCACCAACAACAAACAGCGCGUAGGAAUCUACCAAGAAGUGGAGCUGAAGCGAGAGAAAGAGAAGGAGAAGCAGGCGGAGAAGGAGGAGAGCGAGCAGAGGAGUGGAGCGGGGGAAGCACAGAAUGGAUGUUGAAAUACCUGUUUUGGCUGGAUAUCUUAAUGUGCCGACCCAAACUGGAUUUUCGCUAAAUCGUAUCUCAAAAAAGAAGGCAUGCACUCGCUAUUGCCUCCUGUUCAAGGCCAGUCGCCACGGGAUCGCCCGACUGGAGAUGUGCGAGAGCAAGGAGGAUCGCAACCCGAAAAUCUUCACCCUUGAGAACUGCGUCAAGAUCACCCAGGAACUGCCUCCGGAGCGACUCAUUCAGAUCGUCAAGCGGCAUGGAACGCUCACCCUGAGCACCGGUAGCGAGGAGGAACUGAAGGACUGGAUCACCGCCCUACAGACGGUGGCGUUUUGCGACACUUCACCGUCGAGUGGCAACGGCGGCGCGAUCGAGGAGGACAAUGACCUCUACUGCAGUUCCUUUGACGGCCUGUUUAUAAUCACACUGAUCCCCUCGGAGGCCUCUCGCCGCUGCGGCAUCGAACCCAAAACCUACAUGCUCCAGAUGACGCCCACUGAGCUGCAACUGAGAUCCGAGGACCUGGGCACCACAAUCGCCAUGUGGCCGUACCGUUUCAUUCGCAAGUAUGGCUACCGCGACGGCAAGUUCACCUUCGAGGCGGGCCGGAAGUGCACCACCGGCGAGGGCGUCUUCACCCUGGACCACACCAAUCCCCAGGAGGUGUUCCGCUGCAUGUCCGCCAAGAUGAAGUCAAUGAAGAAGCUGAUCAGCGGCGACAACAGCUCCGCCUCCCUCAGCACCUUGGAGUGCGGAGAGAACCAGUUUAGUGCGGCGGCCAAUAUGGAGCCGGGAUCGCGCAGUCCGCUGCCUCCGUCGCCGUCGAGUAAUCCGCAUGGCGGAGAAUUCGAAAUAAACUCCACGCAGAGCGGCUUCUCCAUGAGGGGAUUCCUCAGCUCAAACGACUCGCUGAACAACUUUUCGGCUGCGAGCGGCAGUGCUACGCCGGGAAGCGGUGGUGCUAGUGUGACGCUGUCGGUGCCCACUGGUAAGCACAUCCCCAACAAACCGCCACGAAAACUCGGAGCCAGUCCAACCACCACAGCUCCGAUAGCAACGACAAACCAGCAACAACAUUGUGAUAAAUACAGGAACAUUGUGAAAUAUGAGCCUGUGGCCAUAACGACGUCCUCGCCCGCUACCGACUCGGCAGUUAUACUGAAACCCCUGGACACGUGCGAUCCGGAUCCGCCGCCGCCGGAUCUGCCGCUGCGCAACGAGAGCACCGGCAAGGGCGGCGGAGGAGCUAUGGAGCGGGACUACGAGUGUAUCGAGAACAUCACGGAGGCCUGGCGCACUCGGGGAGUGGGCGAUGUGAGGCACUGCGAACGCGUGCCCAUCCUCUGCGACACCUCGGAGUUUGUGCGCCAGCGCUCGGUGACGAAAACCCCGAACAGCACACCCAAAAUAAUAGACAUCGACAUCGGGGAGGGAGCUUCGCCCAUUUCGGUGGCCGACUCCAACUACGACCGUCUGGACUUCCUCUCGCCGAACAACAAAACCUCCAGCGGAUACAAGACCAUUGUGAACGUGACCGUGCCGGGCAAUCGCACCCGGUGCAGUCCGCCUCCGCCGAACGAAUACGAGAUGAUCGCUAGCCCGGACACGGAGAGCUUUCGCAAGGCGGACGACAGCCAUCUCGGAUACGGAGUGCUCCGGAAGACCAGCACCACCACAACGAAUAACAACAACCUAGGAAUCUCCAACAGCAACAUCAUCAUCAGCAGCAGCAGCGGCAGCGGCAGCAGCAGUGCCGCAACAGCGAACAAAAGCAACAGCGAUCCAUCAGCCACGGCCAUCGACCACCGCAGCUACAAUGGACUUAACUACACGAUUGUCAGCAAGCCGAAGAGAGUGUAGGAGCUUUAGGAGGAGGGGGGCCGGAUGCACAUUUCCAGGACAGGACAGCUAGAGGUGGUGCAGUGUGGAUCAGGGGGGGAACAGUUGCCGCUUUUUGGAGGGAAAUCGUGUCCACAACCUAGACUAUAGACUAUAUCCAAGUUCAUUUUCAAAAAUAGACUUCCCAUAAUCUCACAAGUCCACAAAUUUAGAAUCACAAGUGAAAGCUCAACGACAACGUCUCGAAAUUAGUAAUUUAGUAACUCCCAGGGUCUGAAAAAGUUUUCUCCAUUUAGGAUCUCAAGACAACACUUUCUUCAAAAAGCACAAGCACAGUAGGAUGCAUUCCAUUGUAAUAAUUCCAAUAAUUGCACUUCGAGUUAAGACGAGACUGCCUGCCAUACAGUGCCUUUAUGGUUUUAAAAAGAAAAAAAAACUCAAUUCAGUUCUAAAUUGAUUUCCGUUCUAAUGUUUUUAAUUCAUAAUCUGUGAUUGUAUUGUUAAUAUGAAGAAACUGCUUAGUUUAUAGCCAGCACUGCCCGCCACUUGAUCGCACUCGACGAAUAAGAAGUAUAUAUAUGUUUUUUGAAUUUUACUUAAAGCUUGAAGUAGAACUCGCAAGAUCCCUGUGUACUUGACCCGUUUUUAAACGUAUGUAUGUGUUUAAUAUGUAUUUUUUAGAAAUAUGUAUGUAGAACAAACCGAAACAUUGUUCGCCUGCCAUAAUCGGUUACGGAUCCAUUGUUAUUUACCUAUGAAAUUUUAAAUUUAAUGCGAUGAUAUAGCUGCCAUCAGUAACCAAUAAAUCUCCCACAGCGUUAACCAUACUAUUGUAGUGUUUUGGGUCCAGCCCAGACUGUAAUGGACCUCCCAAGUGCUGGUCAUUGAACUUGCACCUUCCUCGUGCCUUGCACCGCCAUCUCGCAUGUGCGCAUAUAUAUUCGACUUUGAAGCCAUUCUCGUUGCAAAUGACAUUAGUGAGCAUUAAGCAAAGGUCACAAACAAAAAAAAAAGAAAUAACUAAAAGCUUGAUAAAGCUAAAGCCAGAGCAAACAAAAGCAAAAGUAAAGAAUAAAAAUACCAAAAGAAAGUUGUGACGAACAUUUCACUCGAAGAAUAUCAUUUUUUUACCUAACGUUUAAGAUAAUAACUAUUGUAAUUAUUAUUUUUUUGUGUCUUCGAACUAUUGUUGUAUAAAUAAAGACCAACAA